AUGCAGCAGAACUCAAGUGCCGACCCGGAGCAGAGGAGUGGUAAGCGCAAAUCGAGCGGCAAGAGGAAGCUUUCUGAUCAAGGAGAGCCGUCGCAGCCGCAGUCGCAGCGGACCAUCUCUGAGCUUCUCUCCUCGAACCCCUCGCGCGACGACCUAUCACAGAACCUCUCCCCGUCCUCGAAACGCUCUCGCUUCUCCGUCUCCCCCUCUCGCUCCGCCGCGGGACACCCAGUGUCGCCCAACAAGAUGUAUAACUUCUCCGGCUCCCCGCCCAAGAACGGUGCGGCCUUCGUGCGCAGCAUACCAGGGUCGAAUGUGAAUGUGCCAUCGGUGAAAGCCCAAGCUUUCGGUACAAACGUUUGUCAGAAUAACUUUAGUCCUCAUGCUGGGGCGAAGAAGCUAGUCGUCAAGAACCUUCGCACGGGACCACGAGUGAAUCAAGAGCCAUACUUUGAUAAGAUUUGGGCGCAGCUUGAUGCUGCACUGUCGGCUAUCUUCGAUGGUCAGAAGCCGGAGAUAUCGUUGGAGGAGCUAUACAAGGGCGCGGAAAAUAUCUGUCGACAAGAGCGGGCGGCCGUGCUGGCCAAGAAAGUCCAAGAGAGAUGCAAAGACUACGUAGCUGGGAAACUACGAGACAACCUGGUAACAAGGGCCGGAGGUGGGACCGACGUUGAUACAUUGCGGGCAGUGAUCGAGGCAUGGUCGGUCUGGCACUCGAGACUGGUACGUUACCGGGAACAGUAUAAGCCAUUGACCGUAGAGCUAAAUGUGACACAGAUUACUGUUCGCUGGAUCUUCUAUUACCUCGACCAGUCGUUCCUUCUGCAUUCCAAGGAUUUCCCUGUGAUCCAGGAAAUGGGAUUGAUCCAGUUCCGCGCGUACGUAUUCGGCGAUCAGAGCCUGAAGCCGAAGAUACUACGAGGUGCCUGCGAUCUUAUUGCCGCCGACCGUGGCGCCGAGACCAGCACCAUUCCCGACGCAAGCCUACUUCGGGACGCAAUAGAGCUCUUCCACAGUCUCGAUGUCUACAGCAGUGACUUCGAACCGUUGUUUAUUUCCGACUCACAUAACUACAUUAACUCAUGGGCGCAACGGGAGUCCGCCGGAUAUCUCGCUUCAUAUGUCGACAACAGCCAACAUUUGAUCGAUCGAGAAGUCGAGCGAUGUACUUUGUUCUCCUUGAAUCGAAGCACCAAGCAGAAGUUGUCCGAACUGUUGGAUGAGAUACUGGUCGCAGAACAUGAGGCAGUUCUUCUCAGUGAGAAUGACGUGCUUGGGUUGAUGCGAUCAGGGAACAAGACCGCUCUGAAGCAGCUCUACAGUCUUCUUAACCGACGAAGCCUAGCGAGCAAACUGAAAUCCGCCUUUAGCCACUUCAUCAUCGAGGAGGGCUCGAGCAUUGUGUUUGACGAGACAAAUGAAGUGGACAUGGUCGUGCACCUCCUUCAAUUUAAGAAACAGCUCGAUGAUACCGUACGCGAAUCAUUCGACCGAAAUGAGGUUCUUGGCCAUACCCUUCGUGAGGCUUUCGGGCAAUUCAUGAAUCUUGGCAAGAAGGGAGAAUCCACUGCUGGUACCGACAACCCGAAGACCGGUGAAAUGAUUGCCAAGUAUGUUGAUCGGUUGUUGAAGGGAGGUUGGAAGAUGCCGGCGAGUCAGCAGGACGUAGCGAUGGCAGAUGAGGAUGCCGAGAUCAACCGACAGCUGGACCAAGUGCUGGACCUGUUUCGAUUCGUUCAAGGAAAGGCAGUUUUCGAAGCAUUCUACAAGAAUGAUCUCGCUCGUCGUCUACUGAUGGGCCGAAGUGCAAGCGACGAUGCAGAGAAGAGUAUGCUGGGUCGUUUGAAGAAAGAAUGCGGUUCAAGCUUCACACAUAAUCUUGAAACCAUGUUCAAGGAUAUGGAAGUGGCACGCGACGAGAUGGCCGCGUACAGUGCUCUGAACCGGGAGCGUGAUCGCAAGGAUCGCCCGCCCGUCGAUCUCAGUGUCAGCGUACUCUCCGCCGCCGCGUGGCCAUCCUACGCCGACGUUCCCGUGCAAAUCCCACCGAAUAUCGCGGCCUCAAUCAACGAUUUCCAAGAAUUCUACUGCAACAAACACACAGGUCGCCGGCUCAACUGGAAGCAUCAACUUGCACACUGUCAAUUGCGUGCUCGAUUCCUCAAGGGCUCCAAGGAGCUGGUGGUCAGCUCCUUCCAGGCCAUUGUUCUGCUCCUCUUCAACGACAUCGGCGAGGGUGAGACCUUGCGCUACUCGGUGAUCCAAACCGCGACAGGGCUCUCUGAUCCUGAAUUGAAGCGAACCCUGCAGUCACUCGCGUGUGCUAAGUACCGCGUGCUGAUCAAGAACCCCAAAGGGAAGGAGGUGGAAACGACGGACGAGUUCUCGUACAAUGCCAGCUUCACCGACGCCAAGAUGCGCAUCAAGAUCAACCAGAUCCAGCUGAAGGAAACCAAGGAGGAGAACAAAUCGACGCACGAACGAGUCGCGGCAGACCGGCACUACGAGACCCAGGCGGCCAUCGUGCGCAUCAUGAAGAGUCGCAAGACCAUCACACAUGCCGAGCUCAUCGCGGAAGUGAUCGAAGCUACUCGUCAUCGCGGCACCCUCCAGCCUGCCGAGAUCAAGACCAACAUCGAAAAAUUGAUCGAGAAGGACUACAUGGAGCGAGCCGAGGGCAACCAAUACAAAUAUGUGGCAUAG